AUGUCGCGUAGAGCAGCGAUCAGUUACCUCCAGCCUGCAAAGCGCAUACGUCCGUCUGCAUUUAACAUUAAUUAUUUGGAGCAAAACAAGAGCUAUGGAGUGAGUACAGCCCCGCCUCUAUUAUCUCACCGAAGGCUAUCACUGCGUCUGGAGUCCGAUGAGGAGAGUAGCUCUGCACACAGUCAGUUCUCUUUGCCAAAUAGUCCUACAAAUUUUGCUCUGCUAGGAUCAGAGGAUAGUCAAGCUGCAAGCGAAUACGAUAGCAGACAUCCGAAGCAUACAUGUUCCUUUCAAAAGCAUAAGCAAUCAAACACUUCGAAAAAGCCUGCACAUACGUCUCCGCUGGCUUUACGCCACCCCCCUCACAUACUUAAAACUCAAUGGAUCAGCCGUUCAGCUCCCGUUUUGCCCAAGCUCCAUCCGCCGACCGCCGUAUCUUCUCAUUCCAAGCCAGACCCAGCAACUACCUUUGCAUCCAAAUACAACAAGGGAAUGAUCUUAGACUUCGGUGCAUAUGCAAAGGUGUAUCGUUGCACACGAAAGUCUGACGGUGCAGCCCUCGCUGUGAAGGAGGCGCACGUGUUCGGCCCCUACAAGGAACAGCUCCUCCAUUCUUGCAAUAUAUUGCUCAAUAUUGACCAUCCCCUCUUGACAAGAGUUGUGGACUAUAUCUAUGACAGCACCGAGGAGAGGGUCUACGUCAUCUCUGACCUGUAUGAAUAUGGCUCGGUUUACUCCAAGCUUAAGGCCGAGAGGAGGAACUACAGCACAAGCUAUCCUGAUGAAAGAGUAGUCUGGGAUAUAUCUUCGCAGCUGAUCGACGCCCUUGAGUUUCUUCACAACCCUGAGAAAAAUGGGUUUGGUGUAAUCGUACAUAGAGACAUUUCCCUGAAGAAUAUAUUGGUUAGUGAUAUCGUUACAAAAAAGAUAAUAGUCAUUCUAUCUAUCCUGGCUGUCGAGCUUGUCGGUAACUCGAAGACAGUACAGCUGGUUGGCUGUCCCACAUACGCAGCCCCAGAAGUGCUCUGCGGGUCGGAGUAUGACGAAAAGGCUGACAUUUGGUCUCUAGGGUGUGCUAUCUAUGAGGUGUGCAAAGGAUAUCAGCUGUUUUAUAACGAGGCAAUAUCAGAUAUUAUCAGAGCGCAGUACAGUAAGCCUGCAAUCAACCUUGGGGUAUAUAGUGAGGAUCUUCAGGAGUUCAUCAAAUCUCUGCUUGUGCUGGAUCCGAAUAAGCGUAUUACCGCCAGUGAGGCUGCUAAGCACCCUAAGGUUAUGGAAGCCAGACAGCGCCUGGAUUCUGGAGCUUCUGCAGGGUAUGGGUGGUUCACCGGAUGA